AUGUCGCGCGUUCAGCGAUCAAAGGUCACCAGGGAUAAGGACUCCUUCAAAGGGAGUUUCUCUAUACCUGAGUCAACGGAGGACUGGGUCAGAGUAGCCAAAUCAUCAAGUCUAUUGAAGAAGACCCUAAAUGACCUAUCAAAGCUUGGGUCGGGCAGCCGUGUUAAAAAGAAGCAGCACAUCCUGUUCAAGGCGAUCUGGGAUCGGCCUGUAAAGAAUGACAAGUUGGAGUACAAAGCCGAGAGAUAUAACUUGAGUGGCGUGUGGCAGAAUGCUAAACAUCUUGUCGCAAGCUCUAGGGAGCUUCAGCGAUACCUCGCCCUUGUCGACAAACCUCAAAACUUUGCACUUUUGACGGAGAUCGACUGUGCCUGGCCCGGCUCAUGGGCUCCGGUUCUAAAAUGGCAGAACAGAGUUCUUGAGUUCUGCAAGAGGAAGCCCGCGCUAGAGACACCUUCGACUGGUACAAGGUCUCACAACCGAAAGAGGAAACAUGGUAUAGCUCCGCAAGUAGAGCAGGUCCUCGAAGACGAUAAACCCCCCAGCGAUGAAUCUAUCACGAAUACUGCACUCGUCCUAUUUCUUGACGCGGUUUUAAGCUUGGUUCCCUCUGCCGGCUGCGAAUUUACUAUGUUUAGGGUGGCGUUUGAAUCCAACUUCCGUCAGGCAGGAUUUAAGGCGCUGACCGACGGCGCCUUGUGGAUCACGGGUGACGAGGAAGAUGUAAGGGCAAUAUUGGAGGUCAAAAAAGGGCACAGAUACGACAAUUACGACAGAAUCCGUAUGCAAGAAACCGCGGAGCUUGUUGGUUGGUUGAAGAAGCCAUACCAACCGUGGAAUGAGCUUUUCAAUGGGCACAAAAUCCUGAUUUCAGAGGACGGAAAUGAAGUUUGGAUAACAUUCGCCAAGCCCAGUUCGACUUAUUCUCAAUACCUAUCGACAGACACGCCUGCCGAGGAUGCCUUCCUACACAUGGUUACAUAUGGCCCUUAUCGGUUGGGUCACAAGGAGGACAUGGAAAAUCUCUGCAUCGUCAUUGCUGCCAUUGUACUACGCGUUGCGUAUUCGCUAAGACCACAGUAA